CACGAACGUUGGCGAUAACAUACCCUGUCCCGCACUCACUCCCAUACUAUCAUCACACACUCUUCUUCAACUCUUUUUCCCUGCACUCUCAAUCUCUGCUCUCAUGGCGUCGUUUUGUGCGAGGAUCGAUCCGACCUCCAUUUUCAUCUCCAAGCAUUUCAAAUCCGCCAGAAAUGCCUUUCCUCUCUCUCCACCAAUCCGAUGCCUGUCCUUCUUCAACUCCCAUUCCUCUAAUUUCCCUCUCAGAAAAACUGCGCCUUCUUCUUCUUCUUCGUCUCCCAUCUUCGCCGCUUCUUCUUCUUCAUCUCCUUCUUCCUCCUCCUCUUCUCCUUCCGCUACCGUCGCCGAAUCUCAAGCACUCAAGAUUAAAUCGGUUCCGACAAAGCCAAUUGAAGGACAGAAGACGGGAACUAGCGGGCUCCGUAAGAAGGUUAAAGUUUUUAUGCAAGAUAAUUACCUUGCAAAUUGGAUUCAGGCAUUGUUUAAUUCGUUGGAGCUUGAUGAUUAUAAGGACAAGUUGUUGGUUCUCGGAGGUGAUGGCCGAUAUUUUAAUCGCGAAGCUGCACAGUUAAUCAUUAAAAUUGCUGCUGGCAAUGGGGUUGGUCAAAUUAUGAUUGGCAAGGAUGGAAUAAUGUCUACUCCAGCUGUGUCUGCUGUGAUACGAAAGAGAGAGGCUAAUGGUGGCUUUAUAAUGAGUGCAAGCCAUAAUCCUGGUGGUCCAGAAUAUGAUUGGGGCAUCAAGUUCAAUUACAGCAGUGGUCAACCAGCACCAGAAUCCAUUACUGACAAAAUAUAUGGGAACACGCUUUCUAUUUCUGAAAUUAAGAUGGCUGACAUUCCUGAUGUUGAUCUCUCUCAACUUGGAGUUACUAGAUAUGGGAAUUUUAGUGUUGAAGUGGUUGACCCAGUAGGUGACUAUUUGGAGCUAAUGCAGGAAGUGUUUGAUUUUUCACUUAUCAGAGAUCUUCUUUCCAGACCAAAUUUCAGGUUUGUGUUUGAUGCCAUGCAUGCUGUGACUGGUGCUUAUGCAAAACCUAUUUUUGUUGACAUGCUAGGAGCUAGCCCGGAAUCUAUUGUUAAUGGCGUGCCUCUUGAAGAUUUUGGACAUGGUCAUCCAGACCCUAAUCUUACAUAUGCGAAGGAUUUGGUCAAUGUAAUGUAUGGCGAGAAUGGACCUGAUUUUGGUGCUGCAAGUGAUGGGGAUGGUGACAGAAAUAUGAUUCUAGGAAGGCAAUUUUUUGUUACUCCAUCAGAUUCUGUAGCAAUUAUUGCUGCCAAUGCAAAAGAGGCCAUUCCAUACUUCAAAAGUGGUCCCAAGGGAUUGGCUCGCUCUAUGCCCACUAGUGGUGCUUUGGACCGUGUUGCGGAAAAGCUAAAUCUUCUGUUUUACGAGGUUCCAACUGGAUGGAAAUUCUUUGGGAAUCUAAUGGAUGCAGGGAAGUUGUCAGUUUGUGGGGAAGAAAGUUUUGGGACAGGUUCUGACCACAUCCGUGAGAAAGAUGGUAUAUGGGCUGUAUUAGCUUGGCUUUCAAUAAUUGCAUAUAGGAACAAGGACAAGAAACCAGGGGAGGAAUUGGUUUCUGUUGGUGAUGUUGUCAAGCAGCAUUGGGCAACUUAUGGGAGGAAUUUCUUUUCUAGAUAUGACUAUGAGGAAUGUGAAUCUGAAGGAGCCAAUAAGAUGGUUGCAUAUCUUAGAGAACUAAUCUCUACCAGUAAGGCUGGUGAUAAGUAUGGAAGUUAUAUCCUCAAAUUUGCUGAUGACUUCUCCUAUGUUGAUCCAGUAGAUGGAAGUGUUGCAUCCAAACAGGGGGUUCGAUUUGUGUUCACUGAUGGAUCAAGGAUCAUCUUUAGAUUAUCGGGUACUGGUUCUGCUGGUGCAACAGUAAGAGUGUAUAUUGAACAGUUUGAGUCUGAUGCCUCGAAGCAUGACGUGGAUGCCCAAAUUGCAUUGAAACCAUUGAUAGACCUCGCUCUGUCUUUAUCAAAGCUAAAGGAAUUUACCGGAAGAGAGAAGCCAACUGUUAUAACAUAAAGAACACACUCAACUUUAAUUUUAUGCCUGUUGGAAGCAUCUCAAUGAGAACUGUAGCAGGUCGCAAACUCCCUCUUUCCUCUACUUGUUACAUUAUGUAUUGUUUAUUCUUCUUGUUGUAUGGUAGGCAGUCUCUCAAGGACAUAAAUUAGCUUCAUUUUUUUGAAUCUGUAUAAUUUUGUCUGCGCAAAAUUUAGAUACAGUAUAUGUUCUCAAUAAAAUUUUCAUGUCUUAUCACUUCUAGUA